AGAGUUCAGCUGUUUCUGUUUUGUUUAUAAAAAACGUCCAAGGAAGUUUAUAACUUUCGUAUUAUUGUUGAUUACCGUAGUGCUUCAAGCAGCAUUGCAGUAUACAUUAGCAGCCUGAAUAUGCAAAUAUAUAUAGACUGUAACAACAAUGACGGCGGCGGAACUCCUGAAUGGGCGAUAGUCGAGCUUCAAGGCCUUGUCCAAACGAAGAAGGACGGAAUCACAGAGGCGACAGUCGUCGGCGACUUGCAUUAUUACAAUAGAAACAAGCACCCUGUCUUAGUCCUCGGUCAUCACAUACUUAAUGGCAAAGAACAAAAAUUGGAGCAGCCAAUGGCGGUCAUUGAAAAAGUCACAGAAGGAGACAAGACAGCUUACAAAGUAAAGGCUAUCGUCAAAAAGAAAUUAUUAUUCAAAUCUAGACCUAAGCCUAUAAUCUCCAAUGUAGCAGAAAAGGUGUGAUUUGUUAUGUACCUAAUAAACGAAGUUAACCACAA